AAUGUUUGGAGGUUAUUGCUUUUUGGUUUGCAUGUGCUUUGCUUACAAACAUUGAAAUACAACAAUAAAACUAUAAAAAAUAAUACAGAACAAAGCAUCUAGCUAUUGAAGGACGAAAUGUGACAGUUCACUCUGCCUGGCAUUGAGGUAGUUAACUGUGACACGCUUGACUGGUUAAACGGAGAGAGAAUGGGACUGGCGGCUUCAGAGUCAGAGACCAGUGGAAAAAGAACUAGUCCGUAACACCUGCCAUUAUUGACUCGAUUUGUCAUUCCGGUGUAUUCAGAGGACGACGAUUUAGGAGUAAAUGGAAAACGUGAUAUAUGUAUUUAUCCGAAGGCUAAUUCCCAUUGCCAAUAAUGUAAGGAAAAUUGGUCUUCUUGCAAGAAGUUAACUUUUUAACAACUUGCGAAACCGUAUUCAAGCACAUGAACCAGCAUUUGUCUACAGAUAAGUGGAGCAAAUACAUUUCCUACUUUGGAGGCAUAUUUCAAACGGGAUCAUUUUUGGAAGGCUCACACGGAAUGUGUCAUCUGUUUUGUCUCUGACGACGCCAACCGAGCCAACCUGCAUUUGAAGUGAGUUCAAGUGUUAUUAUUUUUAACACAGGACCUUCGCUUUGAGAGGCUGAACUGUGGGGGGCUGGAUUACCAACAAAGACAAGCGGGGACUUCAACAGUUAACACUAGUGUAACUGCUAUGGAGAUCACGCAAGCCCUCUUCCUCUUCAUGCUGAGUUCAUCUGUCUACAGUUUCCAUGCCAAUUCUCGGUCUGCUCCCAGAGUGCAUUUGUCUUACAAAGAGCUGAUGGAGACACGGACAGCACGGCCUUUCUCCUUUUCCUUCAACACAAGUGACUACCGCAUCCUGCACAUGGACCAGGACCAGGGUCGUCUCUACGUUGGGAGCCGGGAGUACUUGGUGGCACUGGACAUGCACAACAUCAACAAGGAGCCCCUCAUAAUUCACUGGCCAGCUACCACCCAGAGGAAAGGAGAGUGUAGAAUGACUGGAAAGGGUGGGCAGGGGGAGUGUGCAAACUUUGUGCGUCUGAUUGAACCGUGGAAUCGGACACACCUGUACACCUGUGGCACCGGGGCCUACAAGCCUAUGUGUACCUUCAUCAACAGAGGAUGGAGAGCAGAGGAGUACGUGUUCAGGCUGGUCCCCGGCUAUGCAGACUCGGGGAAAGGGAAAUGCCCCUAUGACCCUCGGCAGGAGAACGCUGCGGCCCUUAUUGGUGGCAAUCUGUAUGCAGGGGUCCACGUUGACUUCAUGGGUACGGACCCAGCCAUCUUCAGAACCCUUGGUGACAGACCUGCCGUCAGGACAGAGCAGUAUGAUUCCCGCUGGCUGAAUGAGCCAGUGUUUGUGAAAAUCCAGAAGAUUCCUGACAGCUCAGAGAAAAACGACGAUAAGCUCUACUUCUUUUUCCGGGAGAAGAGCCUGGAUGCGACUGGGGGGGGCAGCCCGAGUGUUCUGGCAAGGGUGGGCAGAGUCUGCCUGAAUGAUGAUGGGGGUCAGAGGUCACUUGUUAACAAGUGGACAACCUUCCUGAAGGCUCGGUUGGUGUGCUCAGUGAUAGGGACUGAUGGCGUGGAGACCUAUUUUGACGAGCUGAAGGAUGUCUUCAUUCAAGCGACACAAGAUGAGCGCAAUCCUGUCGUGUAUGCCGUAUUUUCCACUGCAGGGUCUGUGUUUAAGGGCUCCGCCGUGUGUAUGUACCACAUGUCUGACAUCCGGAAGGUCUUCAAUGGCCCAUUCUCACACAAGCACGGACACAAUUACCAGUGGACCCCCUACACUGGAAAGAUUCCUUACCCUCGCCCUGGGACAUGUCCUGGAGGAACGUUCACCCCGAGUCUCCGUUCCACAAAGGAGUUUUCGGAUGAAGCGGUGAACUUUGUGAGGGCACACCCCCUCAUGUACCACCCUGUCUAUCCCAUAAAUAAGCGCCCGCUUGUAGUCCGAACGGGGGUGGACUACCGCUUCACCUCCAUUGUGCUAGACCUGGUGGAUGCUGUGGACGGGAGGUAUGAGGUGCUUUUCCUGGGCACAGACCGGGGGACAGUCCAAAAGGUGAUAGUACUUCCUAAAGACACCAGCACAACAGAAGAGCUCACGUUAGAGGAAGUGGAGGUUUUCAGGACACCAGUUCCUGUUAAGACUCUGAAGAUAUCAUCAAAAAGGCAACAACUGUAUGUGUCAUCAGAGAGGGGGCUUACCCAGGUGUCCCUGCACAGGUGUGGCAUCUAUGGAAAGGCCUGCUCAGACUGCUGUCUAGCCAGAGACCCAUACUGUGCCUGGGAUGGGGAGACCUGUGUGGCCUUUAGCCCUUCUACCAAAAGGCGGAGCAGAAGACAAGAUAUAAAGCACGGAGACCCCUUGCGUCAAUGCAGAGGAUUUAAUGCAAAAGUUGAGAAGCGUCUCAGUGAGACUGUGCAGUUUGGGGUGGAAGGGAGCAGCACGUUCCUAGAGUGCCAACCUAGAUCUCCACAAGCAACAGUCAAAUGGCUCUACCAGAAACCAGAUGGCAGAAGGAAAGUGCUGAGCCGAGACAGAGAGGUGCUGAAGACAGGUCAAGGCAUCCUGCUCAAACUCUUAAUCCACGAUGACGCUGGACUGUACCACUGCUUGGCCACUGAAAACAACUUUAAACACACAGUGGCCCGUGUGGCCCUCCACAUCCUGGACCGGGAGAUCGUAGAGGCCCUCACCUCCCCGGACGGACUCCCGGAGGACCAGAACCCCUAUCGUCACCACCAACUGCACCCUCAUCACCACCCUCCGCCUCCACCUCCCCCGCCUCAGGCCUUGCCGUCGCAGUUCUCCUCCCAGCCCGAGAUCCGCCUCAUCAACCAAUACUGUCAGUCCUACUGGCAACAGCUGAAACCUGACAUGUCCACCAAACGCACCAGCAGGAGGCAUGCCAACGUCCAGCCAGAGGCCUCCUCAGGGACCCCCAUCAUCUCCUAGACCUCUCCUCUCUCCCUCUCCACUGGUGCCCAGGCCAGGUUCUGGAGGUUCACAGUGGCCACGGUGGUGAAGGACGGACUAACUCAUAUUGUGAUAUUGUUGAUUUUUUUUUAAAUCCAGAUUUACUAGUAGACAUUUUUGUUUUGUUAAAACAUCCUAUUUUUUGUCACACAAAUGGCCUGGUAAAAAUAAUCAGAUACUUUUAUCCAAACUGACUCACCUUCAUGUGUACUUACAUUGGAUGUGUGGAUGGUCCCAGAAAUUGAACCUACUGGCCUAAUUCUGCACCUAAUUAGCACCAUAAUUUACCAUAUAGUGAUUGUAAUUUGAACUGCAGAAUUAAAAUCAGUAGGAGUUGUCAGGCAACAAAUGAGCUUCCCUAUUCAGUCCAAAUUGAUUAAAAACUUGUUGGUAACUAGAAACCUAAUAGAAUCCUUGAUCUAAUUAGACAAGGUAAUCAAUUGGACCACUGGUAAGUACUCUUUUUGCAUUUUCUGACUCAUUGUCAGCAAAUCCUGUUUUCUUCCAACAUUUGAAAAGAUUCUAAAAUAACAAUGAGGUUAUAUAUUUUAAUACAUUUGUAAGGUUCUCAUAGUUUCUAUAUUUAUGUGUAACAAAAAAGGUGUAUGAUCAGAUAAUACUGCCUAAUUUGACCAAAUAUUUUUGUUCGUAGGAAGUAAAAUACUUUUCAGUCUACAAUUUUUUUGUUGGACUCAUUAUGCAACUGUUUGUUUUUUUUACGCAGUAUUAUUAAUUUACUUACUGAAUACAAAACUAUUAGCAUCAUCAAAAAAGCUAUCAACUUUAGAGUCAAAAUUGCUUUGACCUUGUGUCUCUUUCAACAGUGUGGUAGGCAAAGACAAUAUUUUGGACCAAACGCAGUUCAUCUCAAGAUUAUAGAGGAAUUAAAAGAGAAAAUAUAAAGAGAGAAUGUUUUGGUUAUCAAAAAAGUAGAAUAUUACCUUUGAAGAAAAAAAUACACAGUAAAGGGGUUGCCAUUGUUUUGCUUUGAAGUGACAACACAUUAUACCUCUUCUAUGGGAGCUAUCUUAUUUUAACUUGUUGCCUGACACCUAAUAUGAAAACUAUCCCACAUAAACAGGAAAGGAUGAAAAUUUGACAAGUUGGCCACAUUAUAUUUGUUCUCUAGGAAUGAGACAGAAUUAGUAAGCUCACUUACACACUUUGUUCUAUUAAAGGUGAUAGGUAAAGAUCAUAAAAUAAUAAAGGUCAUUUAGGCUUUUUUGUGUUUUACUACAUUUUAUUUGGAUCUUAUUUAAUCUUUUUGUUGAAGAUGCAAUUUUUGGACCGUAGAAUGCCAAGAAUGACACACACUAAUAAAAGAAAAACAUCCAUAGUGCAGUGGCUGGAUGGUUUCAUUUCAGGAUGAGAAAUGAAACGAGUCAUACUGGCAUGAUGUGAUUAGACACUGAUAUAUGUGGUGAAUAAACAUAUAAAACAUGAUGAUUCAUGUGCAGAUAAUGAGAUGGUCUAGCUAGUUAGCUUGCUAUAGCCAGUCAGUGAAUUCAGUAUGACUGGAGGUUGCCGUUCAGACAACUAGUUGGUCUGCUAAAUAGUAAGCUACUGUAGCACAAGUGUAACUUACAGGUGGCUUGACUAGAUCCAUGUAAACUAACUAACCAAAUUCCUUUCAAAGUAAUUUUCACAACCACAAAUAUUCUUACUACUUUAGCACUGUCCUUAAAUAGUUCACUGUAAACAUUGAUGUUGCACUGUCCUAUGCAAGACUUACGGGCAUUGCCAAUAUGCCGUGACAAGGAUUUGAACCCCUGACCGCAAUAAUGCAGCAAGGCAGUGACUCAGACCACUGCAUCAUUUGGGAGCCCCUGGAUGGAAUAGAGUUCGGAUGGUUUGCUCAACAUUACACAUUUUAGCAAGCUUUUUUUUAGCAUGUUUUAGAUCAGAGAUGUAUGAAAUUGAGUACUUCAAAUAGAACUUUGAUCUUUUCCAGUUGUGGCCUUUUCAUAUUGACUUUAAACAGCAUAAUUCCAAUGCAUUCCAAAGGAGCACGUUGACCAGUUUGCAUGACUAUCAAAGUGUUAUAGCAAGGAUACAAAAUCUACUCUGACCAAAAUAUGAAUGCAGAUCACUUUAUGAUCUAUUUAGCUGUAGUAACAUAUAAAAAUAAACUACAGAGAAGCCUUUACCUGUCACCUUUAAUUAUAUUGCCAAGAGCAAAUUUUUGCCUGAUUCAAACGCUGUGGUCAUCUUUACAUCUUUUUUCAUGUACUUUUGUUGGAGACCACAGUGCAUAUGAUAUAAAUAAUGUAAAUUACUUUUAGAUCUUAAAGAUCUAUGUUUAUUAAUUCACAUUGUUUUUCUUUUCACACCAUGUAAAAUAUUUAUUUUGAGACUGUACAUAUUCCUGUAAGUUCUGCACUUUGGUGGUGGUAUGAGGACUGGACUGGGAAGAGGAUAUUAUUAUUAUCAUGUUUUGUUGAUUGACUGGACCAGUAUUCACAAGAAAAAGGUUUUCUUAAACUAAAAGUAAAAAGAUUCUAAUGAAUAAACUGGACGGGAACCUAUCAUACUUUAAUAUAGCAAUGUGCUAUAGAACGUGUGCUCAUCUUUGAAGCCAAAUAAUCCUCAGUUUGAAUGAGAAUGUUUUCUAUUUAAAAUACAUUGAAUUAUAUUCACAUUUUUUUGUGGCGUUACAUGGUGUUUUUGCCUGGGCUUAGCUAUAGAGUUUGAAUUCUGAAAUAUCUACCUCUUUCAUUUCUUUAAGUUAAUUUGUACAACAACAAAUAUGUCUCCAAAAGAAAAAUCAUGAAACUCUAUACCAUUUUCCUUCUGAUUCAUGAGUGACAUGAGUAAAUUACAUUAUUUUCAAGUUAAUAACAAGCAACAUACAAACCUAUAUCACACAGUAAAUAAUAUCCACUUGCUACAAACAACCAUUAUUGGAGAGAUCGCCCAAGGAUGAAUUGCUACUCUUAUCCUUAGCGUGCUUUCAAGACUCUAUUUUAAACCAUAUGACUACCACGAGCCAAUUAGCUUGCUUUAAUGUUUUUCUCUUGUUCAAGAGUGCCACCUUGCAGAGCAUACUGUAUGUGCCAAAUUCCAUGACUAAAGUCAAACCGAUUAAGAAUUACAAAUAUAUAGCACCACUGUGUGGUCAUUCUGAAUGUGUUUGCAUAAUGCUGAGUAUUGAAAGUGUUUAGACUAUUUGAUUUUAGUGCUCUUCUGUACGUGGAAGCAUUAGAGACUGCACAAUAUAUAUGUUAAAUUUAUUUCAGUUUACCAACAUAAUCUGAAACAACAUACUGUACACGAGUUGUGACUAACCUGAUUUGGCUUUUCAUCCAGCCAGUUUUAAGAAUCAGAUAUGCAAAAUUAGGGCUGGAGAGAAAACCUACAGGGUAGUAGCUCUCCAGGAACAGGAUUGAGCAGUCUUGGUGUACUUGUACAUGUUGUUUACCAUGAAUGCAUUCUCCAUUGUCAUAGGAACAUUGCCUUUAAAUGAGUCUGUCCAAACCUUUGACUGAUACGGUACAUGUUCUAGACCAUAACAAUUUUAAUGUUCAUUGAUCCAUGUUGUUUCAGAUAUUAACCUGAAAAAAUUUCGAUAAAUUGGUAUAUGCUAUACAGUGUCAUCCAUAGUUGUUAGAACAUUUAAGCAAUUUUUAUUAUUUUGUCUCUUUGCUUCAAAUGUUUAGAUUUGGUAUUCGUUACUAGUAUGAUUUUAAAGUAUAGAUUCUCAGCUUUUAUUUUAAGGUAUUUGUAUAAAUAUUGGUUCCAUUCUUGUUUAAUACAUCUUUCAAAGCACCAAAUGUUUUGGGACAGAUUCAUAUAAUGUCAAAAUUAAGCACUUCAGUUUAGUAUUUGAUUGCAUAUCCUUUGCGUGUGAUAACUGUCUGCUGUCUGUGACCUAUUGACCUCACCAGUUGCUGAUAUCUUCUCUGGUGAUGUUCUGUCUGUACUGCAUCGAUCUACAGUUGUGUGUUUAUGCUAUACUUCAGGUCAUGAAAGGCUUGUUCAAUUGCAUUUUAGUGUGCAAAUUGGGCAGUUAUUUUUAUUUUAUGGUGAGUUUUCUCUGGUCAUCCACUGUAGACAUUCAUUGGCCUGCAUGGCUAUGUGCAGUUCAUGAGCUUACCAGUGUGUUCCUUUUUUUUUUGGCCUAUGAAUAUAACUUAUCAAACUCUUAUCAAAUUCUUCAAUCAAAAUCUUAUCAGCGGAAGAAUUGUUCCUGCUUCAAAAGCAUUUGUCAUGUCAGACUUACAACUUUUUAGUACGUUUUCCAUAUACCAUUAGUCACACCCAUGAGUAUCAGAAGGAAAACUGUAUUUAGCAUUUUUGCUUUGCAGUUUUUUGGGAAUGUUUGUCGUUGACUACAUUUGUAUUUUCUCUUUGUACUCGUAGAUGUACUUGUGUUAGCAUAAACUGAUAUGGUUGUAAUAAAUAAUAUUUUAUUA